GAUCUUUUGCCUACUUCCUUAUUUCCAAUGGACAAGCUUGUAGGCUACUGCUUUACUACAGCUGAGAAAACCCCAUUGUCUGAGAUUUUGCCCUCCUCACUGGCUCUUCGUUUGCCAGCAUCUGACAGCUGGAAUGGCUCCUUGCAUAUGAUGCCGUAAGAAAUAAAUUAGCUAUUUAUUUGUUUGGGAAGCACGGUUGGGCCUGCAUUUGAGAUGGUCACAGCUGGUUUAACUGCUGCCAGCCAGUGUAGUAGACAAUUCUGAACUAGACGGAACAACGUUCUGGUUUGGGCUAAAACCAUUUAUGCUGUUCCUUUCUAUCCUCUCUACUGCUGAGCUCGAGCAGUUCUUAAGAUAAAUACAUUGAAACUGUUGGUAUAAUAUUAUGGAAAUGCUUUUUCUUAUUUGUGAAAUCAAAGCUUUAACACAAAUCAAAGCUUUUUCAAAACAAAACUUAAAUUUUAAAAAUGCUUAAUUCUGUAUAAAAAAAAUUAGGCUAAUUUACACAAAGCAUAUAAAGCAAAUUAAUGCUAGGUUAUGUCACAUAUUGUCAGGUUCCUAAUGGAUUAUUUGGUAAAUUUCAAGCCACCCUUCAUCAAAAUUCUCCCACCACCAUUGCAUUAGAUUCACAGUUGUCCUCUAAGGUAAGUUAGUCCGAAAAGGGAGCAAAUGGCCCCAGUGAGCUUCAUGGCAGAGUGUGGAUUUGAACCUGCAUCACCCUGGUUCUCUUGUCCUUUUAACACCUGCAAUACACAAGCAACUCCUUCCUCUCCAACCAUUUCUCCUCAAGGACAAAACCAAAGAGGGGGAACCUUUGGCCCUUCCGCAACUACAGCUCCAAUCAUCUGACUGUUGACCACGCUGGCUGAAGCUGCUGUGAGUUGCAUCCCAAGAAGAUGUGGAGGACCAAAGGAUAUCCAUCUUUACACUAGACAAGCUAUGCCUGAACAAGGAAUGCGAGCACAAGUAGAGGUGCCACACUUGCCUGGUCCCUGCAUACUCCAUCCUUGCCAUAGUCUUGUUGCUGAGCAACAACGUGUAGAGCUCAGUGGAGUGGAAGGCCAGUCAAUCAGAAGAGUCUCUGAGGUGUACUUGCCUGGAGGCAGAGUCAGCAUCCAAAGUCCAGUCCAGUCCUAGGGUCAGGUGGACUGCAAUCCGCAGGUUCACGGAUCAAGGGUAAAGAUGAACAGGAAGCAGCAAGAUAGGACCAGGAACUACACGUGCUGUUUACAGCAUCUGACCACUGCUGGAAGCUCUGCUUAAGAAGGCUGGAUCCAGCUGGUUCUCAUCAGUGCUUUCUCCUCUGUGUCCUUGAAUGCUGAUCAGUUGCAGGUGGAGUCACUCCGCCUUCUCCCCCUUCAGGCUGUUGUUCAGCAGGUGAAGCUGACUCCUGGCCCAUGACAGCUUCCAACAUUCACAUGUUGAGCACAUUCAGCUGAAUGCCCUUAGAAGCCUUCAUGGAAUCGAGAGCCUUGAUGUCAAACAGAUUUAAAUCGAGAACCCUGAUAAAUUUAAUCACUUAUAAUCCCAUUCAAGGGACAUGGAUGGCACUGUGGUCUAAACCACGGGGCCUAGGGCUUGCCGAUCAGAAGGUCAGCGGUUCAAAUCCCCACGCCGGGGUGAGCUCCCAUUGCUCGGUCCCUGCUCCUGCCAACCUAGCAGUUCGAAAGGGCAAGUAGAUAAAUAGGUACCGCUCUGGCGGGAAGGUAAACAGCACUUCCGUGUGCUGCUCUGGUUCGCCAGAAGAGGUUUAGUCAUGCUGGCCACAUGACCUGGAAGCUAUCUGUGGAGAAACGCUGGCUCCUCAGCCUAUAGAGCGAGAUGAGCAACCCCAGAGUCAUCCGCGACUGGACUUAACAGUCAGGGGUCCCUUUACCUUUAAUUCCCAUUCAAACCUUGUACAAUGUUGGAUGUUCAGAGGUGAAAUUCUCAGUGGCUGAUACAUGCAAGGUCAGUCAGUGGUGGUGCAUUUUUCUCAUGUUUACAUUCCCUAUGUGGCCUAUCAAUGUCUGAAAGGGCUACAUUUCCUUAAAAAUAUGAAAAUAGCUAAUCCUUGGUUUCUGACAAAAACUUUAUUAUUUGAGAGACUGCCUUUUCUCUUGUAUUCACCCUUCAUUUAAACAAUUUCUAUAACUAGAGAUAAAAGACAGAAGAGAUCACUGGUCAACAACAAAUUUGUUGUCUGCUUUUUUUCAGUUGAUUUAGGACGAAUCUGAUGCGCCGAAUCCAAAAAUCACAUUGGUUUUGCUCAAUCAGGUCAAGUUUUUGAGCUAUGGCCACAUGUCAUUUUUUUACGUUUUUGUUCACAUGUAUGCUUGUGCGGAGCAUUUUAGAAGAAGUUGGUGGGGGUAAAAUGCCAUGUCGAAUAAUUGUUUUGAUUGGAAAUGAUUAUUUUAAUGACAAGAAGUAUUCAUGUCUGAUAGUUCGGGGUGAUUAUGUCGAAAAGGGAUCAAUGUUGAAGGACAUGAAGAAGAAGAAGUGGUUCUUGAAGAUGAUGCUCCACAUCCAUUUUCCCAGAAGGAGUUGAAUGAUCUAGUUCGCGACCUCAGCUUGUCAAAGGACUCUGACGAACUGUUGGCAUCCAGAUUGAAGGAAAAAACCUCUCUGACAGUGCUCACAUCAGCUUCUUCCGCAACAGGCAUCAAGAGUACCUCCGUUUUUUCUCGGAAGAGAAGGACUUGGUGUACUGUGCAGAUAUUGUGCAGCUUCUGCUCAAGCUUGGAGUGCCACAAUACGAACCCAAAGAUUGGAGACUGUUCAUUGACAGCAGCAAGCGAUCACUGAAAUGUGUUCUGCUACACAACGGCAACCAGUUUGCCUCUAUACCCCUGGCUCACUCGAGUACACUGAAGGAGAACUAUGAAGCGGUGAAGUAUGUGCUGGAGAAAAUUGGUUAUGAUCAGCAUAAGUGGUUUAUUUGUGUUGACCUGAAGAUGGUGAACUUUUUGUUGGGACAACAGUCUGGCUUCACCAAGUACCCAUGUUUUCUGUGCAUGUGGGAUGGUAGGGACCGUGCUCAGCAUUACACGAAGAAGGACUGGCCUGUGCGGGAGGAAUUGGUGCCUUGCAAAAAAAGGAACAUCAUCAACGACCAUCUGGUGGACAGAGACAGAAUACUCUUCCCACUGCUGCACAUCAAGCUUGGCUUAAUCAAGCAGUUCACCAAGGCUCUGGACAAGGAUGGUGACUGCUUCACUUACUUGUGCCAGGCUUUUCCAGGAUUGACCAUGGAGAAGUUGAAAGCUGGCAUCUUUGACGGUCCUCAGAUCCGUCAGCUCAUCAGAGAUCCAGAGUUCGGAAACUCAGUGAACGAAGUGGAACUGGAAGCGUGGAAGGCAUUUGUUCUGGUAGUGAAGAACUUUCUUCGCAACAAUAAGGCCAGAAACUACGCAGAACUUGUCAACAACAUGCUGACUGCUUUCAGAAACCUGGGCUGCAACAUGAGCGUCAAGAUGCACUACAUAUUUUCACAUAUGGACCGGUUUCCUGAGAACCUGGGUUCAACGAGUGACGAGCAGGGGGAGAGAUUCCAUCAGGACAUGAAAGAGAUGGAGACCAGGUAUCAGGGUCGCUGGGAUGCAGUCAUGAUGGUUGACUACUGUUGGACUCUGAAGAGGGACCUCCCUGCCUCUGAGCAUUCCAGGAGUUCCAAGAAAUGGAAGUUCAAGUCCUGAAGUUUGAAAAAUGGUGAAACAACAUGCAAUUUACGUGUACUUACCUUUAUCAAUGCCCACCAUUCAGUUUACAGUAAACCUGACCUGAUGGAGAGAAACGGAUGCCAUUUCCUGAUUCAGCAGUGCAAAAAUACCCUAAAUCAGUUGUAGAAAUCUAGACAACAUUCAAAAAGUAAAAAAUUGUUGCCCAGUUAUAACUGGUGAAAACCAUAAAACCAGGCUUCAGUGAAAAUGCCUGCUGGAAUAAAGAAGUUUUCAGUCAGUGCUGGAAGUUCGACAGGGAGGGGGGUUGUCUGACCUCAAUUGGAAGGGAGUUCCAAAGUAUAAGGGCAACCAGUGCAGGUUUUUGAGCACUGGGAAUAUGUGCCAGUGCUGUAUACCCAGUAGAUCAUGGUGGUUUGCAGGAGAAUUUCUCUUGCAAGUUGCAAAGACCCCAGAAGCUCCCUCUGCAGUAACUGUGAGCAGGGCCUUCAGUGUAGUUGCCCCUGCUCUGUGGAAUAGCAUUCUUGUCAAAAUAUGGAAUGCGCCUGCUGUCUGCGCUUUCAGGAAACAACUGAAAACAUUUUUGUUCUGGCAGGCUUUCCUAACUGGAUAAAUGGAACUUGACCAUGGGUGUCUAUUUUGUAGUGUUUUAGUUUUGUUUUAAAUGCAUUUUUAAAAAUGUAUUUUUUGAUGUUUUUAAUGGUAUGUCACCUUGAGACGACUGUGUGGAUGCUGAUAGUAAUAUGUAUCAUGCCACAUAUGCAUACCUGUUGUGGCAUCAUAUGGCCCUCUGUAACUUUUCCAGCUACCCUUUUAAAGUCCCUGUCCAGUAGAUUCCUCUGCUUAUCUUAGUGCAUACACAUUUUUUCACAGAUGGCCAGGAUAUAAGUCAAGUCGUUAUCAGGCUGCAGUGUUUUGCACAAAGUUAAUGUUCAAAAACACCAAGGUCUGUGUACAGGACUUCCCUCCAGAGUGUUAUAGUUUAAGACUGAAAACUAUUGGUAUUGGCACAUGAGGCAGCUACCUUGAUUUAGUGCUACUUUGGGACGACUAUGUUCUUCUGCUGUGGUGGGAGGGUGGGGGAAAUAGUCCCUGCAGGGCACUGGAGUGUCAGUUUAACCAUUGUGAUUUACAGAGAUCCUGCAGUUGUACAAAAGUGCCAGAAAAGACAAUUCAGGGGGAAGAAACUAGAAAGUGAGAGAGAUCAUUUUGCAGGAAUGCCAGAGGAGUUCAGUCUCAAUUUUUAUUAACCUCCUUGAAGUUUCUGCACCUCCAUGGUCCACUCACAAAAGAAUUUGGGUGCCUCAGAUUUUUUUUAAAAUGCUUUUGGUGAUUUUACUGGGAAGGAAAAGUUUGCAACUUCAGGGGUAGUCUUUACUGACCCCAGCAUCUUGGGUGGGGAGCAGUUUUCUGCACUAGGAGCCUUCACUUCACUAGGUUAAUGGCAGCCACUGAGCAGGAACACACAGAGAGAGGGGGAAACAUUUGCCUCUCCAACUCCAGAUACUGGUAACGCAAUCUGUGGGAAUGCAAUUUUUCAGGGCCCUGUCAGAAUUUAUAUUGUGCAUUUGUGAUGAUUUGUGUUCAUGACAGUAUUGGGGUAGGUAUAUGUGACCCCACUUUCCAUAGUGUUUGCGCCUGCAGCGGUUUCAGGGUGAACAUGCUGCGUCAUUUCCAAUCCGUGCUUGCCCCGUAGCUGUCUGCUGAAAUCCUGUACCACAAUUCUAUACCACAAAUGUUCCAGUUUAAUUUUUGCCCUGCUUUUGUUACACUAUGGUGCUCCUCCAGGUGGUAAUAAUGCUAUAACAUUGGGGAGAACAAAACUGAAAUGAUGUGUGGCCAGUCCUGUAAAAAUCCAUCACCAAUGCACUAUUAUUGUGUCAAUGACAUGUUGAAGAAUGCACCCAUUUUUAAAAAUGCGCCAAUUUGGUGGCUCCCUCUGCUCUCUGCUUCUGCUGUUUUCUAGUUACCUUGUCCCCUCACUCUGACUGCAGUAAAGAUUAAAGAGGAGUCACCAUUUUCAGCUAUCAUCUACGCUUCUUGAGCCAUUUCUCUGUUGUUUCCCUAAUGGAAGAUUCCAGUUAGAGCAACAGUUGAAGAACAUCUGCAAUCAUUAUGGCAGGCUCAUGCACCCUCUCCUGUCCAACUCCCCAAUCUUUCAGGAAUAUAGAAUGGAAUAUAUACAUAUAUUAAUCGUACCAUUCAAGUAAAUUCCCAGGAUGCGUCACAGUAAUAAGUCAAUUUUAACAGCAAAUCUAUGUGACAUAUCACAAAUUGCUUUUUAUACAUGCCUAAGUUUCAGAAUAGAUUGAUUGUGUAACAUGGAGGACUACUGUCUAGGACAAAAAAAAAAUCCUCCAAAACUACAAAGGCCUGCUGGGUAUGCCCCAUUGGGUCAGCAUCACCCCCCUUCUCUGAUGCACAGGCCCUUCUUUGGAGGCAAAACUGAGCAACAGAACAAAGCCCAGUAGAUAAGUCACAUCAGUGUGUACACACACACACAUCUUUCAAAAUACCAUUAAGUCCUCAAUCCUAGUUAAAACGAAUUUCUUGAAAGACAGAGAAUGAUGCCAAUAAGCUGGGAAGGGUAAAAAUGCAACUUUGAAAGAAAAUCCACACGGGCAAUUCACAUUCCCCUACCUUUUAAAACUAUAAAUCAUUUAGCGCAUUCACUGUAUUGCUAGAUCUGUGCUCUGAACAGUUGGCUGUUGGUUUUUUUAGCAUGGAAAAGGAAAAUUACCAUUAGGCAGGUGAAUACAGAAAAAUGUACCUAGUUUGUAUAUUUGUCCUUCAAGUGCUUUGAUCACGGGUGAUUUCUUUCUUCACUAGAGACUAAAGGGCACUGACAAUCAGGCAUUUUUAUUUGUUAAUUUUUGUUUUUUGUAGUGAGCGGAGGGUGGGAAACAGUAUUGACACAAACAGGGAGAAAUUGAAUUCGCAAAAGGGGAUGAUUGCUAUAAAACAAAGCAAAUGGGUAGCACUAAAAAAAAGGAAUCUCUUUUCUCCUGCCUCCUUCAGACUAAAGAUGACGAGGUUUAUGAGCUACCUUGCUGCUAAACCCCAGGGUCCCUGCUAUUUGUGUAUAUAUUAUACAUCUAUCUUAUUAUUUAUUUCAAAAAUCAGGAACAAAAACUCAAGAGGGCCUGUGACAACACAACCAACUCGCGCUAGUGGUGUCACAACCACCAUCACAACCAUCGUGCGUACUGGAGGCAACUGGUCCACUGGCCUGUUUGAUGUCUGCAGCGACAAAAGAGUCUGUAAGAGUUUCAAUUGCUUCUUUCAAAGUUGUAUCCCAGGUGUGCACGGGAGAGAUGAGGUUCUUUUUAAUAGACUUACUUCAAGACUGGUGAUUGAAGAGCUUCAUCCCAUAAAAGUUGCUGUUGAGCUAAUGGAGUUGAGAUGAUAUUGGAGGAAAAAAGAGUAAAGGGCUGUCCUUGGAUCCUUGACCCAGGUCUGCCUGUAUCCUCAUCUACUGUGUUUUAUAACAAACUACCCAUCAGAAAGCAGGUUGCUUGCUCUCUUAUCAAGAUAUUGUUGUAUUAAUAUUAAACCUGAUUUUCACUACUAUACUUCUGAGGGAUAGAGAAGGUCACAUUAAAGUUUCCUUAACAACCGUCUGCAACUCCGGGGAAUGAUUGCUUCCAGUGAAGUACAAUCCUGGCUCCAAAAAUAUUGUUGUGAAACUGACUUUUAAUGGGUUUGGCUUCGUUCAGUUCUAGACAUCAGAUAUAACAGAGCUGAAUGAAAAGGUGGCCUCCUUUGUAAUCAUCUUUGGCAUAGUGCAUCUUAUAUCUGUCUUUAGUCUGCUUGUGGAGUACAAAUCAUGUGGGUUAUCCAUAGAUUAAUGGCGGGGGACACACUGCACUCAGCUGUCACCUGUGGCUCCUAGGAGCUAUCAGCAUGUGACAGCGGCCACACCCUGGGAAAUGGCUUUGACUAGCUGACUAAACUAGGUGAGGGUAGCCGAUGGGUCUCAAACCCUCAGUGAGUUAGGGACUUCCCCUGCGUGUGGAGACAGGCAGAUUGAGCAGACAAGACUAAUAGUGGGUCCAGUAGUCAAGAAGGUGGUCUCUGCAUGUGCUGUAGAGGGAAAUAAGGGGCAGGUGGGUUUUGUCAACCUGGGAAGGUAGCCCUUCUAAGAGAAGGAAAACUCUGAUCUUAAACCACCGCUGCCUUGCGAGAUAUCUUCAGGAGAAGAAACGGCUAAGGAGUAAUAACUACACAAAUCUGGAGUGGAGUUGCUAAGAUGGUUGGCUCAUUCUGGCAACUCCUGCAGUCAAGCAGGUGCCUAACGUAUUGCUCUGCUUGCCUUUGGACCAUAUCAGCGAGGCUGGGAGGGCGGGUCUGGGCAGCCUAUGACCUCCAUACACAUUGCCCAGACAUGCGCCCUGGGGAGGUCACUUUGGUGCUGCAAACACAGCAGUUUGACUUCCCAGAGGUGCACUCCAUUGUCACUUGAGGCAGAUGCAGUGCUAUUUUUCUAGAAAAAGAGGUGUUGAAACUAACAAUUUACACCUCCCUUGUUCUCUUAUAAUGGCAAUGGUGCCCCCCUGAGAGGUGCUGGAACUGAGUUCCAGUGAGUUCCAGCUGAAUAAAAGCCCUGGGCAGAUGUCAACAACAACAGCAGUGUAUGGAGGAUUCCACCCUAUGGUAGACAAGGAAUUUGGACAUAGUGACAUGUGGGUCCCUUCUAACUUCAUCGUAUGAGCAUACAAUGUACACAUACAGUUUUUGUCAUGUGAUCACAUCCUUCCUGUGGUUGUGCUUAAUGACAGGUGUGUGUGGUUCACUGUGCAGCUUAUGUCUGGAAUGCAGUAUUGCAAGCCGAUUCGGGGAGUGCUUUUGUUUCCCUCUGCUUCUGGGUUCCACCUUGGCCUUGAGAGUCGGCACCAGGGAGAGUCACAAAAUACGUGUAAGUCCAUGUAAGUGUUCUGUCCAGCUCCCACAUUGCACAGUGUAGGAGUGGUGUGUUUCCUACCCCGUGGAAUUCCGUGUGUGUGUGUGUGUGUGUGCGCGCGCGCGUGUAUCUGAUUCCAACAGUCAUGGCCUUUAAGACAUCUCUGAAAACCUAUUUUCUCUGGAUAUUCACUGAAAAGUAUUGCUACAUUUGCCGCUCUUGGGUUCUUGUUGGUUUUACCUCAGAUUUCUGGGCUUUGUUGUGUGCCGACCUGUAUUUUCCUGUAGCUGGCUUCUUUUAAACUGGUUGCUUUAUUAUAACUGUGGAAAGGGCCAUGGAUCCUGUGGUAGAGCACAUACAUGAAAAAGGUCCCCAGUUCAAUCCCUGCCAUCUCCAGGUUGGGCUGGGAAUGCCCCCUAUCUGAAACCCUUGAAAGUUGCUGCCACCCGGUGUUGACAAUACUGAGCUAGAUGGACCAAACAUAUAAGGCAACUUCCUGUGCUCCUGGUUUUAACAAUUAUUACGAACGAACUUGUGUUUGUUCAUAAGAAUGUUCACACACAAAUAUAUGUAGGUAUGCACAAUUGUAAGUCACCUUGGAAGGGGCGUAGCAUGGGGAGGGACGGGGGGCCAUAGCCCCAGGCACAUGGUUUUGUGGGGGCAGAAACCAGGCACACCCAUGCAGGGAUCCCUGCCCUGCCUGCCACUCAGGGUCUCUGGGCCACUGGUGGAAGAAAGGGGGGGUGGGGGAGCGCACCGACCCCGGCACCAUUGGGGAGGGGGGUAUCAUCGCAGCUGCCCCCUGGACAUGUGUCGCACCCCCCCAUUGUGCCGGGCACCACGCCCCUGUGGGCGGCGUGCCACGCACCUGGGACACGUGCCAGCCACGCCUUUGCCUGCUCUCCACUCCCAGUGUUGGAGCAUGCAGCUUCACCACUGCUCUGGCCCCUAGAGCCCAGCCUGGCUUUGCUGCUGCACCCAGGCCCCCUGGCCAGUGUUGGGGGGAAGCACCCACCAAGGGCGACGUUGGUUGACCAGGCUCCCCGCUGUGUGGGUAGGCGGCACAGCAUGAACCCUCCGUGCCCCAUGCCUGCCCAGCAGCAGUGAGGGCUCAGCUGGUGCAACAGGUUUUGUUCAUCUUCUGCUCCCAGACCCUGGCCUUGCCAUGUGUGUGUGUGUGUGUGUGUACCCAGGUGCCAGUAAAGGAUGCAAUGCCAUUGCACCUUGGCAAGGUUCUAGACUUGAAAGUAGGCUAAGAAAUAUCUAGGAGCACAGGAAACUGUUUUAUACUGGAUCAGACCAUUGGUCCAUCUAGCUCAGUCUGUCUGCACUGACUGGCAGUGGUUUUCCAGGGUUCCAGGCAAAAGUUUCUCCCUGCUCUACCUGGAAACGCCAGGAAUUGAACCUGGGACCUUCUGCUUGCAAGGCAGAUGCUCUACCACUGAGCUAUGGCCUUUCACAAUCUGAAAGAAAGCCAAAUCUGGGCAUCAACACUUCACCCUCUCCCCGCUGUUGGAGGCCAUAGCUGUAGUUUCAAAUCUGUUGGCAUGGCAGGGGGAUCUUUAGUUUGCUAAUGAAUGACUUGAAAUAUUUUUGAGGGUGAAAAGUUCAGCAUAAAAUCUCUGUGCCUCAUAGUAUGCAUCCCUCGCCUUUCCAAAAUCACCACUGUUCCACUCUUUAUGGGGCAAAUAUCUCUUAUUCUGCUGGUGUGGUGCCUCCUUAAAGCCAAGCAAAUGCAUUAAACCUUUGGAAUAGCCUUUUUUUCUUAAGGAAAAGGCAGUGCUUAUGUUUAUAAUGGCAUGCCAAGCCAAUACCCAUAUUUUAAAAGUAAUGGGAAAGAGCAGCUCUGUUUUUCUUUGCUGUAGCUUCAAAAUUGCACGGCACAUUUUAAAAUAUCCCUUUGAGGGCGAAAUAUACAUUUGCCCCAUAUUCAGGAAGAAGGAAGGGAAAAGAUGCCAGAAGGAAUCAAGGAAACGUAGUGUAUUUUCUCACAUAGCUUUUAUCCUGAUAAGCAAAAGGCAAACGUUGUCAUAUUAAUUUAACAUUUUGUGGGAGUGCAUUCUGUGGUGACUGGGCCCCGUUGGAUGGUGGGGCAGAAGAUAGGGAGGGUAGGUGGAGCCAGAGCCACUGUCAGGCAGAGCCCCUGACAAGAUGGCCGUCAGGUGGGGGCUAGCUGAGAGCAGACCGAUGCUGGUGGGGCAGGCCUCCAUUUGCCUCCACUGAGUGCAUUGUGAGGUUGAAAGUACAUCAGUUCUGGGAUGUUUGUGGGAUACUUUAGUUAGGAUGUGUCUGUAGUGGAAAUUCUCUACUCUUUGGCGAAAUAAACUUGGAAGUUCAGAAAAGGCUAUCUACCCAAUGAAACAGGAGCGUUUCCUUGGCAGUGUAUCGUAGGCUGGGCUAAAGGCUGGAGUGCCAGGACUGAGUGCAUGUGAAGUAGUGGAAUGUAGGCGCAACAUGCGCUGCAUGAAGGAGCAGCACAUCUCCACUGAAAGAAAAAUGACCCUGGAGCUGCACCAUUGCGCUCCUGAACAACGAGUAUGUGGCAAACAGAAGGUUGCACCCCAGGGAAUGAGGGAGAACCACCAGCACCCACCAUAUUGUGCCAUGGACUUGAUAAGGUCGCUGUGCAUAUUUUCACAGGGAAAUAUCUCCAUCAAAAUGAGAGCCAGUGUGGUGUAGUGGUUAAGAGCGGUAGACUGGUAAUCUGGUGAACCGGGUUCACAUCCCCGCUCCUCCACAUGCAGCUGCUGGGUGACCUUGGGCUAGUCACACUUCUCUGAAGUCUCUCAGCCCCACUCACCUCACAGAGUGUUUGUUGUGGCGGAGAAGGGAAAGGAGAAUGCUAGCUGCUUUGAGACUCCUUCGGGUAGUUAUAAAGCGGCAUAUCAAAUCCAAACUCUUCUUCUUCUUUUUCUUUCCCAUCCAUGUACAUUUCAGGAAAUUGGGGUUGUGGUGGUGAGAGAAAAGCAGUGUGGAACAGAACAUGUCUCCUAGGUAGAUGUGGGCAUGGCAUUGAUUCUGCACAACCACUUCCCCCUUUAGCCAUCAGCCAGUAAUCAGCAAAUGGCAACCAAAUCAGCAGACAUUCCCGGUUUGGCAACCCCCUGGCAUAUAUAUACCAGGCCUCCUCAACCUCGGCCCUCCAGAUGUUUUGAGACUACAAUUCCCUUCAUCCCUGACCACUGGUCCUGCUAGCUAGGGAUCAUGGGAGUUGUAGGCCAAAAACAUCUGGAGGGCCGAGGUUGAGGAAGCCUGAUAUAUACUAUGCGACACCACCCUCAGCAAUAUGUUUUCUGUGGUUUAGAAGAUACAUUCUCUCACACUUUUUUCUCCAGCAGCACAAGGCUGGAAAUCUAACUUACCAAUCUGUCCUGCAUUAGGCUGGGUGGGGAGAACCAGCUCAACUUUUCUGUCACUGAAUAGGAGCAACACUAUCAGUGUUUGUCUGUUCUGUGAGACCAAGGGCUGUAGUUUUCUGGCUGAGCAUAAACCCCACUGAUCACAGUGGGAUUUAGCGCUGAAUUAGACACACACAGAAUUGUGCUGCAAGGUUGUUGUUUUUAUAGUCAACAGUGUCUGGUUGUGGGGCAGGGGUAGCACCAUGCAGUUCAGAUACCUGUGCUGCCAGGGUGUGGGGAAAUAGGGAAAUGGCUUGUUUACUACCUUUAAAAAUGCAGGUGUGAUAUUCAUUUCAGUGCUGGAAAAUGUGCGGAAAGCCUUGAUCCCAUGGUAAAAAAGAAAAGAAAAGCUGGGAUGGGAAAGGCACAUGAUCAGACAAAACAUUAUUGUGUGGGAAGAUCACAUAGUUAUAACCAUAAAAAAGAGAGAUGAAUGAACAAACAUUUUUGCCUCACAGGGAAUAGGAUGUGGCUAAUGACUGGCUGAUAUCGGUAUCCCCAUUGCUUCUCAAGUGAAGAGGCUGCAACUAGUUGAAAUGUCAGGAGCUGGGAAGCAGGUGUCAAGCUGGAAAAUGAAAAGGCCAGUAGCUCUGGGAAGCCUCAACAGCACUUUGCUAGUCCCCACUGUUGUAGUUUUUAAUUGUCACAGAGGAAAGUAAUGGGUUGCCAACAUCUGGAUCUGGAUUUUAUGUAUAAAUGGAGUAAACAGAUGAUGUAUGAUAUUGUUUAGUGUGGAAGAAACUCAUGAUUUCUGUCUCUCUCUUUUAAAAAAGGGUUGGAAUCAGGGUGAUGAGGUAGUGUACAGAGAGCCUAAUGAGACCAGUGCUUAGUGACAUGGAAAAAUGGUUUCUCAGUCAUCCUUGUGUGGAAAGGUUCUCUUCCUCUUCCCCCCUGCAGGGAACCCUGUGUGAAGACUGGAUGGCAGUUCAUUGUUGCUGGCCUUUUGCAGUCUGUCAAAUGGCCCGGGAAAUGAAGAGGAGACCUGCAUUCCAGGUCUACGAAAUGCACACAUCUCCUCCUCCUCCAUUUGAAGAUGCCCUUGUUUGAAAACCUUCAGAGGUGAUUGGCUCAUGAUGCUUCUUCCUCUUCCCCUUGCAAUGACAAAUUUGGUUAUAUUGUUAAAUAAAUAAUGCAUUCAUGUGUCAGA